AAAAGUGCUGUUUCACGGUGCAGCCUGCAUUGACAAAAUGGGGUUAGCUCUUGUUUUGCUCGUGCUUUUCCUUGCAGUCAUCUGUUCCCUUUGUAUAUUAAUAUUUGUGGGAGUUGUUUAUUUUGAAUUAUCCAACUCUCAAAUCCCCCCGGGGGUGGCAUGCCCUGGGAAACUUUGUGUAAUCCAUAGUGUGAUGAUCGGCAUUGCUAUUUUGGGAAAGAUAUUUCAGAAUUUAGGGUUAUGCAACCCAGUUAGCUUUACUCGUUAUGUAAGGGAGCAACUGAUGAUAAGGAAGCUGGGAGAUGACCCAAAACUCUUCAUCAAUGACCAACAGUUUGAAAACGUGUCUGUGAGAGUCUACCAACCAAGGUCCCCAUCUGCUGGUGGAAGGAAAGGAGUUAUGUUCUUCCAUGGAGGAGGCUGGAUGUUCGGAAGCAUUGAUACAUAUGACAGUUUAUGUCGCUACAUCUCCAAAGAAGCAGAGGCAGUUGUUGUCUCAGUUGGUUACCGUCUGGUUCCAGAGCACCGUUACCCUGCAGGAUUUGAGGAUUGUCUCAAUGCUACAAUUCACUUCCUAAAAACAGCACAGGAAUAUGGUGUCAACCCUUCCUCUGUUAUAAUAUCUGGUGACAGCGCAGGGGGAAAUCUUACUGCUGCUGUUUGUCAGUCUCUGGUGAACAAGACUGACCUUCCAAAACCAUUGGCUCAGGUACUAAUAUACCCAGCUGUUCAGAUGAUUGACUUUGAUUUGCCUUCAUAUCAGCAGAACCGGGCUGUUCCAGUUUUGUACAGAGAACGUGCUGUCUUCUAUAUGUUGAAUUAUAUAAGUGACGAUCUGUCCAGCCUGGAAGAAAUUUUGGAUGGUGACCACAUUCCUGUUGAAACAAAGAUGAAGUACAGGAAGUGGUUAAGUCCAGAAAAUAUUCCAGAUGAGUUUAAAGUCAGAGGCUUCAAACCCCGCGUCAUGUCCUCUCAGGCUGAAGAAGUUAUUGAACAAGUCAAGUCUGCUUUGGAGACAACAUGUUCCCCAUUGCUUGCAGAGGAUUCUGUUAUUCGGCUACAACCCAAAGCUUAUAUAUUGACAUGCGAGUUUGAUGUGCUGCGUGAUGAUGGGUUGCUCUAUAAAAAGAGACUUGAAGAUAAUGGGGUUCCUGUAACCUGGUACCAUGUUAAAGAUGGAUUUCAUGGGAUUGUCAGUUUCUUUGACAGUGGAAACCUUUCGUUUCCUUCCGGGAAACUUGCAGUUGAAAGCAUCGCUAGUUAUAUUAAAAAUGCUUGAACUCUGACUCUCCCAACACUGUUUGCAGUUCCAAAAUUGUUCAUGUGAUAAAUACUAUGAAAACCUUUAAAAUAACUUUUUGCAAAGUAAUAUUUCAUGAUUGAACCUUAAUGAAUUUUCUUUGCACUUUGUAUCCAUGUUUGUUCCUCCCCUAUUGGUUCUCAAACCUUAAUUUUGACCAGAUAGUCAGCAUUAAGCACACAGGGUGAUUCAAUGUAUUUUGCUGCCUGCAUGAGAUCCAGCUUGGCAGGAGGAUGAUCAAUUGCUCCAAAGUGCCCCUCCAUUCUCUUGAAUGGUAAUCAUUUGGACCUGCUCUUAUCUUUCUGAGUUGCCUGCACCCUCACAGUGUGCUUGUUCAUUCAUAUGAAUAGUGGGGCCAUUUGCCCUCCAGUUUCAAUGCAAUUACUUGGCUGAGCAAUACCUGCUGCUAAAGAUCACAUUAAGGUUUUCCCAACGAAUUUGGCUCACGCACAACCAGACUGAAUAAUACAGGUCAUCCAUGAGCUAGAGAUGUAGACAAAAAAUAUAUUUUUUCUUCCUGCUCUGAGAUAAACAUGGUAGUUUAUUAUUGAUCAAGCUGUAACCCUGCCCAGCAUAAGAGAACAAAAGAAUUUGUUGGGUUUCUGGUGCUGGAAUCCGACCCACAUGGACGUUUUUUUUUUUUCCAAACAAAAAUUAUUAAUAUGCACUGACAUUAGGCUUUUGAAUGCAGCUAGGUGUUGUCAUGCCCAGCUACAAUCCCACCAGUCUAGGUUUUCAUUGUCAUUUUGAAUAUCAACAAAUAUAGGGACUUGGCUCACAGAAGUGGCCUCUGUCUUGGGUCCCUAUGUGAAUUUUGGUUGUGGAGAUUUUUGGUACAGUGUAACACCCACACCUACAUACCCAAAGUGCUAUUUACUAAAUCUACCUGAGAUGAGACAUU